AGUGAAGGGGGGAUGUCAUCUUUAACACAUUAUGCAGCAAGAUACUUGUACUCCCAUGCUACAAUAGACAAAGACCAAGAACCGCUGAGAAUGCAGGUUCUACAGAUUGACGAAGUUAUUUCGGGUAAUCAAACGAAAUAUAAGUUACUUUUGAGAGACUGUUAUGAAUCUACGACGGUGAUUUGUUAUGAGACGUCACUUGCUGGAUCAAUGGUUAAGAAGUGCGAUAUUUACCUUAUGUGUAUGUUCAACGUGAUACGUUAUACAAAAGAGUGGUCGAACGAAGACGUUCCCGUUAUUGUGAUUCAAGAAGUUUGUAACGUCAUGUUAUAUUAUGCUCCGGAAGACCCUACUUUUGACUAUAUGCCGAAGGAACUUGGACGUUAACCUGACUACCAUGCUGGCAAUUGAAGCUAGACAUCGUGAAAGAGCUGAAAGACACAAACCUCCAAAGGAUCCUGGGUUUACAGAAAAUGUGAAGUACUGUAUCAUAGCAUUGAAUUCCUGCAGAAAUAGCUCAGAAUCAAUGGAGGUCUGCAAGGUACUGCUUCAAAUGAUACAUGAAGCAGAGUGUAGGAACCCCGGUCGUGAUUAUGUUAAAGACGUUGUGAAGGUAGGAAACACAGAGGGUAGUGACCUUGAAAGAGAAGCGUUCCUGCACAUUUGUUCAUUUAUCGGAGAUUUAAAUGUUUUGCCACUGAUAUCAGCUAUAGUUGCAAAAGAUGAAGAGUACUAUGCAUAUAGCUUUCAAGGAACUUUCUUUUGUGAAACUACAUACCUGAGGCGGUUGAUAAAUGUUGCUUCUACUGCUAAAGAGUUGAAACAUGUAGUUGAAAUAUUUUUCUAUAUUGGUAUUGGAUCAUUUUACGCAAUUGACUGUGAUUAUAAUAAAGACAAAGUGAUUUCCGUCUUCAUUACAAACCUCUACCCGGAGGUUCAGAGCUUGUUGCUCAAAGUAAAGACUUAUUGGGAGGAAGAGGAAUUAGUUCAUGCAACUAUCAAACUUAUGUUUUACUUAAUCAAAUUAGCUUCACCAGCUCAGCAUGAAAGACUUUUGAACGACGGAGCUAUAUCAACUGUCAACUCUAUCUUGAUCUCACUUUAUUCUAAAGAUCUAUAUUUGACCAGCUUAGAUAGAUCCCUGAACUAUCCUAAAAGCUCGGAUUUGGAGCGACCCUUAGCUGAGAUUUGGUUGGAUUGCUUAGGAAUUCUGGCUUGUACAGAUCACCAAAUUCUCGACUUAUUGGACGUUACUCGUCAAAUGAUUCCUAUAAUGUGCCAAUUUGUCCAAGGUAUGAGGAGCAGUCGCCUUUUAGCGACAUACAAUGGAAUAUAUGUUGACCCUGUAACUGAUGCUCUGUCAAUAUUGCUGAAGUCUGAUCACCGAGAUGACUUCCAACAAUUUGUCGUUUGUUCUGGAAUAAUACCCGAACUUCUAAAGACUUACGAGACAUAUCGUGCUAAUUUUAAUCAUUUAGAUCGUGCUGGGAAUAGAAUAGAUCCUUUCCUUGAGGUGAUUGAAAUGUUCGUGGCUCAAUGUAUACAAUUUCUUCCAGAAACCACUCAGGAUAAGAUUAACAUUCUUCCAGUAUAUCUAGCAAUUUUGAAAUCCCGAAAACUAUACAAAGAGAAUGCUCUUUAUAUAGACGUUUGGGUUAAUUGUGAAAGACAGAGACGAAGAAGUAGAGAAGGCUUGGGCAGUUGUGGUGGACUACCAUUUGCAGCCUUUUGUUAUAACGAAAUUAAGUACUACUUGGCCACAGAGCAAACCUCAGUGCAGCUCCUUGAUGUCCUCUGCAAUGAAACCUACAUUGCUGCCAUGGCCAAUCUCGCAGAAAGAGAGCCUAAUUUGCUUGCGGAAGUUACUAUCAAUACAAUUUCUUUGAUUCCUCUUGAAAGAAUAACUUCUGAAAUCAUAGCACACAAAAUAAGCUUGCUCGAUGAGACGUCACGGAAAGGAUCCUUUGCUCUUGUGAAACGAGUCACCGAAGAACUGUCUUUGUUGGAUCUUCAGUACAGCAAACAGCAUGCAACGGUCCGCAAGAUGGUAGAUACUUUUUGUCUUCUUCACAAUAAAUAUGGACUGCUUAACAUUUUACAGAAAGACUCAAUCAUGGAGAUGUUGCCACUUCUUUGGAAAAAGGUAAUUUACAAUCCAGAAUUAAGGGAAACUGUUGAUAAAGUCGUACAGCUCACCAUGAACCUUUCACUGGUGUUACCACUACAUCUGAUUCCUGAUGUAUCCUUAUUAGAGUCUAAUGUUAUCACACAAAUUCGGAAGACUGGUUUAUCGGAUCCAGGUGUUAUAAGACUAGCGUGGAGCAUGGUUAAAUGUGGCAGACACAAACUGCUCAUUAAGGAGUUGUCCAAAAUAUCUGCUUCUUCUCUGCACUUCCACUCAUCUACUCUAUUUUUCUACUCUUCUGAUGAUACUUGUAAUGAAAAUACCUCAAUUUCAAACAUUUUUGAGAUUCUGACAGACAUCAUUAUCAGAAAUCUCGAUAAAGAUGCACCAGAGUAUGAAGAACAUCUGGUAAAGUUUACAAGUUGUAUGGUUGAGAUAGCAAAAUACAGGACACUUCCAGAAGAGGGUCCCUUCUUAGAACAGAUGGUAUCACCUGCAAUGUGUCUUCUUGGGAGAGUGAGCAGUGAAGUGGUGAUUGAGAAUGUUAGGGAGUUCGUUGGGAUUUUUCAUGUGGGUAAAUAAUUUUAUAUUUGUUUAUGCUAAUUUGGAUUUGUAUUCAUGUUAAUUUGAUUAAGAAUGCUUUUAGAUUUAUUUUAACGUGUAGAGCAUCUAUUUUCCAACUUGUCUGUAUAUUAUAAUUUAUAUUCAAUUUAAUAAAAGACAAACAAUAAUUCAGUUUAUUUGAUUGAUUGAUGUGUACCAAUUCAACAUAAUUCUUUUACAUCAU